CGCAUCUCUAUCCAUAAACACGUGAAACGCGCUCUGUUGUUUUUUAAUUUUUAUUAUUUAAAUGCUGCAAAAUGGGAUUAACUAAACAAUAUUUGGCUUAUCGGGCUAUAGAUAGCUUUAAUAUAAUCUCGUCCGGACGUGCCAAUGUGAACUUUGCCAUUGUCGACAAGACGGAGGGUAGAUAUGUGGUCGCUCCAGCUGCCGAGAAUGUGAUCGUUUGGGACCUGCGAAUGGGCGAUCGAAAGCUGACCCUGCGCCGCGAGAAGUUCGAGGUCACCUGCUUGCGUGUGUCUCCGGAUCAUCUGCACAUUGCCGUGGGUUAUGCGGACGGCAUGGUUCAGAUCUUCGACCUUAGUUCGGAAAGAUACUACGAAGCCAUCUGCUCUCUGGCGCUGCACAAGAACGCUGUAAGCAUUCUGCGGUACGAUUUGCAAGGCAUGCGCUUGAUCAGCGGUGGCCUAGACACAGAACUACUGGUCGUUGACGUCGUGGAGCAGGCGGGCAGGGCUCGUCUUAGCGGACACAAUGCUGCCAUUACGGACGCUCACUUUCUGCAGCGCCUGGUGGAUGAAAACAUCGUGGUGAGCUGCUCGAAGGACACACAGAUUAAGUUCUGGAACUUGGAGACGCAGUUCUGCUUCAAGACCAUUGUGGACAACCGCACUGAGGUGUGGGCUCUGGCCUUUAUCGGUGAUUUGAUGGUGGCAGGUGCCGGAGAGAGCGGCAUGAAUGUAUACCGCCUGAGGAAGCAGGAAGGAGCAGCGAUAACCGAGACCUUGGAAUCGGCCGUCGAGGGUUUGUCCAUAGACGACGAGGACACGAUAAGUCCGAUUAGCGUGAGCAACUGCGGAACCAUACAGCGAGCUGGCAAGGGACGCACCGUCAACCUGGUGACUGAUCCCAGCGAGCGGGUACUUAGCUGCCAUGGCACCAACGAUCUAAUUGAGAACUUCUACAUUUGCACCGCGGAGGAGGUAAAAAAGCGACUCAGCAAGCGCUUGAAGAAGGAAAAGAAGACCGCCGAGGAAACCGGCUCUAAUGAUGCUGCGAAACUCUCCACGGAGCAGUCUUUAAGCGACGAAAUCAAGCGGUUGGAGAGCAUUCGUGCCAAGCAGAAGAUCAAGUCCAUCGAUGUGGUCUUGGGACAGAACCAGGAGCUACGUGUACUAGUCAGUCUGGCCAACAACAGUUUGGAUCUGUACUCGCUGGAGGCUUCUAUUAAGACGCGCAAGGCAGCCGAUCCCAGCGUAAAACUUCUGAGGUCACUUACCCGUCUGGGUCACCAGUCCGAGGUGCGAUCCGUGUGCUUUAGCAACGAUUCUCUGGCCGUUGGCUCGGGUGCCGCCGAAUCUUUUAAGUUCUGGGACCGCGAUGCCAUGCAGUGUCUACGCACAGUACCGACAGAUUACAUCCUCUGCUCAAAGUUUGUACCCGGCGAUCACUACGUGCUGCUGGGCAUGAAGAGCGGCAAACUGUUAAUUGUAGAUGUGGCAGCGGCCGACGUUGUGGAAGAGAUUCCGGCCCACGAAAGCGAGCUGUGGUCCAUUGCCCUGCUGCCCGAUCAGAAGGGAUGCGUCACCGGCAGCGGGGAUACCACCGUAAAAAUCUGGACAUUCGAGCUAAUCGAUUCGGGUGAUGAUGGCGCUCAGACGAAGGUGCUGUCCCUACUGCACAAGAACACGCUGAAGCUGGAGGAGACCGUGCUCUGUGUGGGCGUCAGUCCGGACAUGAAGUAUCUGGCCGUGGGCCUGCUUGAUGCUACCGUCAAGGUAUUCUUUUUAGACACCUUCAAGUUCUACCUGUCUCUGUACGGCCACAAGCUGUCUGUACUCUGCCUGGAUAUAUCCUACGACUCUAAUCUGAUCGUGACCGGAUCGGCGGAUCGCAAUGUAAAGGUGUGGGGCCUCAACUUCGGCGACUGCCAUCGCUCCAUCUUCGCCCAUGACGACUCGGUGAUGAGCGUGCAGUUUAUACCGAGGACCCAUAUGUUCUUCACCUGCGGAAAGGACGGCAAAGUGAAGCAGUGGGAUGGCGACUCCUUCGAGAAGAUUAUCACACUGCCGGGCCACAUAGGUGAGGCGUAUUGCCUGUCUGUGUCGCCGAACGGCCGGUAUCUAGUCACCUGCGGCUCCGAUCGGACACUGAGGAUGUACGAGCGCACGGACGAGACGAUUGUACUGAAGGAUGUUCAGGAGGAGGAACGCGAGCAAAUGGAGAACGAGCAACUGGCCACAGGAGAGGAUAAUGCGGUGGCCUUGCUCCCCGGUCUCAAGAUGCCCUCCCGCAAGACGGUGGGCUCGGAGCAGUCCGCUGAAUCCAUUCUCGAGUGUCUGGAAAUAUCAAAGCAGUUCGAGCUGGAGUCGGAAGAGAAGCCGGAGCUGCAUCCCCUCAUGCAAGCACUGCAGGUGAAGAAUCCAGUCGACUUUCUGGUCAGCACACUUAUGCGGAUACGAGCCUCCGACCUGGAGGAGGCGCUUCUGCUCCUGCCCUUUUCCUCUGUGUGUGAAGUGCUAGAGCGCUUGCCCACCCUGCUGACCCAGCGACCCGACCAACUGGAGCUGCUCUGUCGCGUGACCAUUUUCCUGUUCAAAGUUCACAUGAAGCCCAUAUCGGCGGCCAAGACCAUGAAGCCGUUGCUGGUCAAGCUGCUCUCCAUGCUCAAGCGCGACGUCGGCCAGCUGAAGGAUAUAUUGGGGUGGAAUCUGCACGGCCUGGCUCUACUCCAAACCGAGGUGGAGCAGCGCGAGGGCGUCCAGCUCUUCCGGGAGGCAACGCAGGCGCGCAAGAAACGCGACAAAAAACGCAGGGAAGCCAGUAAGCGGCGACUGCAGAUCCAAAUGGUCUAAGAUUAACAUAAUAUAUUUAUACAUUUGUAUAUUUGUAUUUGUAAAAAUGCAAUUAAAGAAGGUUAGUUAGUUUAUGAUACAA